AUGAGUAACAAUUCCAUUCCAAGUGAUUUUAAACCACUAUUUAUUCAAUGGAUUGAAGAUGAAGCUAUUAAAGCAACUAAAAAGGGUUCAAAACUAGCUAUAUUAUAUAAUAAAUCAUUAGAUCAAUUAAGAACAUUUGAUUUACCUAUAAAUGAUUUAAAAACUUUAAAACUGAUUAAAUUUGUUGGUGAAAAAACAGUUUCAUUGUUAAGAAAAAGGAUAGAUAAUUAUUGUAAUGAUAAUAAUUGGUCUAUACCAUUGGGUUUUUUAGAAAAAGAUGAGCAACAUUCAUUAAAUUUAAAAAAUACUCGGAAUUCAAAUCCAGGUGAUUCAAUAGAUCAAAGACCUACUAAACGUGCUAAAACUACGAGAAAAUAUGUUCCAAAAAAUAGAUCUGGCGGAUUUGCUAUAUUAAUUGCAUUAUAUUUAAAAGAUAAAAUUAGAAAAGGUUUAACUAGAGAUCAAAUUACAACUAUUGCUACUCCUUAUUCAGAUAAAUCUUUUAUUUCAAAUCCAUCAAGUAAAGAAUUCCAUUCUGCUUGGAAUUCAAUUAAAACUUUAAUUAAUCAAGAUUUGGUAGUUGUUAGUGGUAGAUCACCAAAAUUAUAUUAUUUAACUGAUGAAGGUGAAUCAUUAGCAAAACAAUUAAAAACGACAACUGAAAUUACUUCAUCUCCAAUUUCAAAUAAUAAUUAUGUCGAUACUUCCUUUGAUAAUGGUGUUAGAUUAAAUUCUUCUGGUAUAUUAGAUUCAUCAUCACCAAUUAGGGAGCUACAUAAUCCAGCACAUAGUAAUAAAUUUAUACUUGAUGAAUUAGACAAGUUAAAUAAUAAUUCAAGUAAGUUUCAUACAAAUCAUCAUAAUUUAAAUAAUGAUAUGGUUUUAAAUAAUAAUAAAUUUCAACAUGAUUCAAAAAAUAGAUGUUUUAAUAAUGUUAGGUAUGAAAUUUGGCAACCUCAAGAUUAUGAAAUUAUAUUAUAUAUAGAUAAUAGAGAAUUGAGAUCCUCAAAUGAACGUGAUUAUUAUCAAAAAAGAUUAUCUUUGGGUUCAAUAAAAUGUGAAAUUAAAACUUUAGCAUCUGGUGAUGCUUUAUGGAUUGCAAGAAAUUUAAAAACUAAAAAUGAAUCAAUAUUAAAUUUUAUUUGUGAACGUAAAAGAAUUGAUGAUUUAUGUGACUCUAUAAAAGAUGGUAGAUUUCAAGAACAAAAAAAUAGAAUGUCAAAAUCAGGAAUGAAACAUUGUUAUUAUAUAAUUGAAGAAAUGAUGGUUUAUAAAGAUCAUGUAAUUGAUUUAAUGGAAUCUAUAAAAACAAGUAUUUCACAAACAAUGACUAAUGCUCACUAUUAUUUAAGAAGAUUUUCAAAUAUUGAUGAAACUGUUAAUUUUUUAAAUGGAAAUACUCAAGUUAUAAAAGAAAUACUUUCAAAUACAAAUUUAAUAGUAUUAAAACCAUCAGAUAUUAAAAAUCAAGAUCAUUAUUUAGAUAUUUUAUUAUCAUUUAGAAAUAAAUUUGAAAAUUCAAAAAGUAGCAAAUAUGAAUGUGUUCAUUUAUUUUCAAGUUUUCAAGAUUUAUUAGUUAAAUCAAAACAAAUGACUGUUAAAGAAAUGUUUAUAUUAAUGUUAAUGACUAUAAGAGGUUGUUCAUUAGAAAAAGCAAUUACAAUUCAAAAAAAGUUCCCAACUCCAAAAUCUUUAUUAUUAUAUUAUCAAAAAAAUCGACUAAUACCAAUUGAAAUACAAAAGAAAUUAUUAAUGGAUGAAUUUAAAGAUCAAAUUGGAAAUAAGAAAAUAGGUAAAGUUUUAAGUGAAAAAAUAUGGGAUAUAUGGGGUAAUAAUUCUUAA